GGAGCUUUCACUUCCUCCUCGAAGUGGCAGUGAAGCUAGAAUCUCAGAAGGCCAGGCAUCCCCAGUUGCUGUACGAGAGCAAACUCUAUAAGAUUCUUCAAGGUGGGGUUGGCAUCCCCCACAUACGGUGGUAUGGUCAGGAAAAAGACUAUAACGUGCUAGUCAUGGAUCUUCUGGGACCCAGCCUUGAAGACCUCUUCAAUUUCUGUUCAAGGAGGUUCACAAUGAAAACUGUACUUAUGUUAGCUGACCAGAUGAUCAGUAGAAUCGAAUAUGUGCAUACAAAGAAUUUUAUACACAGAGACAUUAAGCCAGAUAACUUCCUAAUGGGUAUUGGGCGUCACUGUAAUAAGUGUUUAGAAUCUCCAGUGGGGAAGAGGAAAAGAAGCAUGACUGUUAGUACUUCUCAGGACCCAUCUUUCUCAGGAUUAAACCAGUUAUUCCUUAUUGAUUUUGGUUUGGCCAAAAAGUACAGAGACAACAGGACAAGGCAACACAUACCAUACAGAGAAGAUAAAAACCUCACUGGCACUGCACGAUAUGCUAGUAUCAACGCACAUCUUGGUAUUGAGCAGAGUCGCCGAGAUGAUAUGGAAUCAUUAGGAUAUGUCUUGAUGUAUUUUAAUAGAACCAGUCUGCCAUGGCAAGGACUAAAGGCUGCAACAAAGAAACAAAAAUAUGAAAAGAUUAGUGAAAAGAAGAUGUCUACUCCUGUUGAAGUUUUAUGUAAGGGGUUUCCUGCAGAAUUUGCCAUGUACUUAAACUAUUGUCGUGGACUGCGCUUCGAGGAAGCCCCGGAUUACAUGUACCUGAGGCAGCUAUUUCGCAUCCUUUUCAGGACCCUGAACCACCAAUAUGACUACACAUUUGAUUGGACAAUGUUAAAGCAGAAAGCCGCACAGCAGGCAGCCUCUUCCAGUGGGCAGGGUCAGCAGGCCCAAACCCCCACAGGCAAGCAAACUGACAAAACCAAGAGUAACAUGAAAGGUCUUAAAGAUGAGAAGUUGGAUCCACUGAGUUAGAAUGUUCCCUUGAAAAAGAAAAAUUGUAAUUAAACAUAAGUUUGAUCCUUAUUUUUGCAUUGUACCUAUUUUUUUUAUAAAAGUAACUUGAAAUGUUAUAAUAUCUAAUUACAUAUGACACAGGGCUGUUAAAAAUUACUACAUGAACAUGGACUUGUAUAGUUCUGAAAAAUUAGAUUUUUUUCAGCACAUAAUUACCUGUCAUUGACUACUCUCAAAGAUGGAUGUCCAAGGCAUGCGUGCUUGUAGUUCCAUUUACUUAGGAGGCUGAGGCAGGUAGAUCAUUUGACCCUGGGAGUUGAAGGCCAGUCUGGGAAAUCUGUGGGGACACCUACAUAUAAACCCUCAUCUCAAAAAAAAAAGAGAAAUAGAUGAAUUACUCUACAUUUUUACUAAAGUAUUGCUUGCUGCUGAAAUAAGCCACUCUACAGAAUGCCAGCAGUAAAACGGUUUCUACUCUGGUGUCUUGAAAACUUUUUUUUUGGUAAUGUAUCUAAGUUAGUGCUCAGCUAUCCUGGUAAGCUGAGAUAGAAGAUCCUGAGUCCAGUAUCUAAGAAAGGCUAUAUAAAAAAGCAUGUUUUCUUUGUAUCUGCAUUUGUGAUAACAACAGUAUAUUACAUUUUCCUAGUUCUUUAAUCUCUGUAAUGUCCACUUAGCAAGUGUGAGGCGAAGAAAUAAAAUAAUUUUUAAAAUGUGUUUGUGUGUGUGUGUAUAUAUGUAUAUAUACACACAGACAUACAUAUGUAUACUUUCUUCCUUCAAAAAUUAAGGAAUCUUAACAAUGCACUCUAUUCACAGAUUGGCUUAUUUGGCUAAUAUGAGCUUUGUUACAUGAUAGUAGAUUUUUGUCUUGAUUACUUUCAAUUCAUUCAUUUAAUGUUCAUUGUGAUAUAUACUAGCUUUUCAAUACCCAAGUACUAUGAAAUUUUACUUACUUGUUUUUAUCAUGUUAAUUAUAUAUAUAAUUCAUACUUAGCCACUGUUCUAGAUCUAUUCCCUUUUCUUUACAUGCCAAGUACUUUCAGCCACUUUUCAGGAUUGAGGGCAGGCUCAACUGGUAAAGCACCAGUCUAGCAAGCACAGACUCUGAGUUGAAUUGGGGAGCAGGGGGGAGGUAGAGAAAUCAUUUUAGACAUUUAGAAUCCAGUUAUGGUCAAAUGCUGAUGCUCAUGCCUAUAAACCCUAGCUACUUAGGAGGCUGAAAUCUGAGGCUCACAGUUUGAAGCUAGCCUAACAUUAAAAGUUCAGGCGACUUUAAUAAAAAGUUCAAUUAAUAGGCAAAAAGCCAGAAGUAGAGGUGUGAUUCAAGUGAUAGAGCACCAACGUUCAGCAAAAAGGCCAAGCAAGAAUGAAAAGCCCUGAGUUCAAGCUCCAGUGCAUGCAUGCAAACAAAUCUAGUUAAUGGUGGAACAUAAGAGAUUGAUGCUGGUGGACUGUGAGUUCAAGGCAACCUAGGUCUUCAUGAGACUGUCUCAAAAAAAGAAUAAACUAAUUUCUUUAGUUGUUGUCAAGGUCAGGGGAGAAUUUCAGGAACACUAAAGCCAAAGACAAAUCCUCACAUAGUAAUUCUACACUUUGCUACUGUCACCAACUUGCUCACCAUCCCAGCCAGUGUAUUAACUACCCUGAGUGGAUGUCAAAAUUAUUGGCAUAAAAAAAGAUUAGAAAUAUUUUCCCAUCUUUUCAUAUCUAUGGUCUUCCUCUAAUUACCUGCCAGUGUUUAUGUGGCUUCACCUAGCAUUUAUGUCAAGCUUAAUUUUUUCUGAUCUCAAUAAUUGCUGCCGGGAACAUACCUGAUAGUCAGCAGCAUACUCAGAUCAUAGGGAAACACCUUAACGUACUUGGGAGAGACUGGUCUGUUCGGAGAAGUAUCAGGAUACCACGUCUUGCUGAAAUCUUGACUUUGUGGCAGCUUUUAAUUUAACUAUGGACAGUAAAGCUGGAGAGAGAAAUGAUUCAACAGGAAAUGAAGAUUGAGAGUCCAAGAGUUGAUUUGAGGUGAUCUGGAGCCUGUGUUUUCAAACUUGCUGCACCUGUAAGAACUUUUCAGCUUGUCAAAUUGUCUGGAUGAUACGACUUGACAGCUGUCAGAGAACCCAGAAGUAUAACUGUUGCUGUGCCUCCCUGCUCUACAGACAUAAUACAGACCAUCUACCAGUUGGAGAAGGAUUCAUUUGGAACAGGAACAAUAGGAUUUAUGAUAUGACUGAAGUUGCAUUCUUGAACUUUUUGAAGUCCCAAGAUACCAUUCUUUCUGCAAGAUAGAAGUCAAAGACUAAAGCACACUGGGGAGAAGAAUGAUUAUUAAUACUUGAAGAUUGAAUCUUGAAUAUUUGCUGAACAUGUCAAGCCUUUUGCUUCUUCAAUAACAUUGUAGGACAGUGAAGUAUUCUACCAUUGACUCCCUGAAGAGCUAAGCUGGAUUUGGCUGCUGUUUCCUACCAGGAAUAUUGUCAAUCUGGCCUUUAACAAUCCCAUAAUUAAUUAUAUAUAUCACUAACUGACCCAACAGCUCUGAACAGAUACAAGUCUUAUCCAGAACUUCCCUAUAAUUCAAGACA